UGGAAACAAAGCAGCGGGAGCGGGAACAUCCGGGUCACUCGCGCGGCCUCGAUCCGGGACACGCGCGGCGGCGGCGGCUCUCGGAUCGAUAAGUCGUACUGAAAGUUCUUGAACCUCGAAGCGCAUAUUGUUGUUGUAUUUAGAGAGUGGCACGGGAACGAUUCUUUGCAAGACGUGCAUUUUGUAUGUGAAAAGGGACUCUGAAUAUGUCUGGCAUAGCUCUUAGCAGACUUGCACAGGAGAGAAAAGCCUGGAGAAAAGAUCAUCCAUUUGGAUUUGUAGCGGUACCUACAAAAAAUCCAGAUGGCACAAUGAAUCUAAUGAACUGGGAAUGUGCUAUUCCAGGAAAGAAAGGGACACCAUGGGAAGGAGGCUUAUUUAAACUACGGAUGCUUUUCAAGGAUGACUACCCUUCUUCACCCCCAAAAUGUAAAUUUGAGCCACCGUUAUUCCACCCAAACGUGUAUCCUUCAGGCACCGUGUGUCUCUCCAUCUUAGAGGAGGAUAAGGACUGGCGGCCAGCAAUCACAAUUAAACAGAUCUUGUUAGGAAUACAAGAACUUCUAAAUGAACCAAAUAUUCAAGACCCAGCUCAAGCAGAGGCUUACACAAUUUACUGCCAAAACAGAGUGGAAUAUGAAAAGAGGGUUCGAGCACAAGCCAAGAAGUUUGCACCAUCAUAAGCAUUUGUCAUGCAGCAUCUUAAAAAGGAAGGGAUUGGUUUGGCAAGAACUUGUUUACAAAACUUUUGCAAAAUGUAAUGUUGCUAUGUACAAUUAAUAUCCACAUAAGGGGAGGGGGUUGUAUGUGUGCCAUUUUCCAUAUUCGCCAGUUGUAUACAGUUCUAAAUUUGCUGAAUUGCCCCCAGUUUUUUCAUACAGGGUCUCUUCCUUCAGUCUUUUGUAUUUUUGAUUGUUAUGUAAAACUUGCUUUUAUUUUAAUAUUGAUGUCAGUAUUUCAACUGCUGUAAAAUUAUAAACUUUUAUACUUCUAUAAAUUCACUAGUAUCUCUAGUUACUUUGCUAUCUGAUGCAGGCAUGCUUUAAAAUGUUAGAACUAUAUUUAGCCUCUAGCUGGCUGUAUAAAAAAAAAUCAUGCCCUCCACCCCCUUCCCUUCCUGAAUUUGUUUUUUCUAUCUUUCAGAAACUAGGUUGUUAUUGCUUAAGAGCCUCUGAGAUCCAAAGUUAGCCAGCAUCCUUAAUCUGCAUCACUUUCUUUGUGUUUAUAUGGCAUUCUGUCUGUGUUGCUGUUUAGAGUAAAUAAACUGUUUAUAUAAAGGGCUUUGUUUCACUUAUCU